AGUACAGGCCCUCAAGUCGGCUGGACGACUGUCUUCCUCAUCGAAUACUUCGGCCCCAUCUUCAUCCACCCCCUGUUCUACUUCUUCCCCUCCGUGUUCUACCCGCAUACGCCCGCGGCGCCGCACACGCGCAUCCAAACCAUAACCCUCAUCCUAUGCGUCCUCCACUUCCUCAAACGCGAAUACGAAACCCUCUUCGUCCACCGCUUCUCCAACGACACCAUGCCCAUCCGUAACCUGCCCAAAAACUCGUUCCACUACUGGGUCCUUGGCGGGCUUGCACUCGCGUACCCCAUCUAUCGCCCGGGGUACGAGGGCGGGUAUUUGUUUGGCGUGAAUAGUGAUUGGGCUGUUGCGGCGGUUGUGGGGAUCUGGGUGUGGGCGGAAGUCUCCAACUACAUCACCCACGUCACCUUGCGAAACCUCCGACCACCCGGUUCCAAGAUCCGCCAGAUUCCCUUCGGCUACGGCUUCACCCAAGUGUCCUGUCCCAACUACUUCUUCGAAGUCGCCGGCUGGACCGCCAUCGCCGUGCUCACGGGCGCUGUGUCGGCUUACUUUUUCGCUAUCAUCGGGGCUGCUCAGAUGUACCAAUGGGCGGUCAAGAAACAUAUCCGCUACCGUAAAGAUUUCGGACCCAGUUAUCCCAAGGGACGGAAGGCGAUGUUUCCUUUCAUCGCCUAGAACGCUCAGGGAUCCUGACGCCCAACAAUCGGCCCCUCGCAUUUUACACGUAAACAAAGCAUCCCUCCAUCCCGGUGCCCUUCUUCUUCAAGUAUCUUACACAAUAGGCUAGAUUGGUAGUGUAGGAAGGGAACGUGAUAUACUAUCGGCGUUUAUUCAUUUCGCAUCAUCGGCGUACAGUAC